AUGCUUUUAAUAUGCCAUGAUCUGGACAAGAGCCACUCCUUCGUUGAGAGCGCGCAGAGCCGCUGGACCAAAGCUUUGCCCUGCUCGGCCUCCGUUACACAGUGGACAAACCGUCCUCGGUGCGAAGGCGGAUCCGGGCCGAUGUCCGGAAAUAAAUGGGGUAAGUCGUCCUGCGGGGAGCGGACCUGGAGUAACAAUAAGAGGGAGGAGCGGAACGCGGUGCGCCAGCUGGCGAGUACGGCAGUUGGGGCCGGAGAGGGCCGAGGUUCAAAAAGCGGGAGCCGGUGGCGCGACCGGCUGUGGCCGGUGGGAUGGAGCGAGCAAGUCACGCGCGCGACGCAUGCGGCGGGGAGGUCCAGUUCAUUCAUGCCUUCACACGCUCGCGCACGCUUCGAGCCUCGAGGUGGAGGUGGUGGUGGUGGUCGUCUCUCUGCUCUGCACUCUGCUGCUGCUGCUGCAGCUGCUGCUGGCUGGCUGCUUUCUCCUCACGAACGAAGCGCAGCACAGGACGCUGGUCUCUCUCUUGGUGUGGCUCGGCUGUGCUGUGCGCGAUUGCAAAUUUUCGAUUGCGGGCUCGGUAGAUUGAUUCCUCGCGCGACCGGUCGCUGCUUCCUCAGAUGA